GCCUUACUUUAUUACUAAAAACACAACUUAAAACAAAAGAUUUUAACUAGAAAUAAAAAAUGGGACAGCCACAAAGCAAACCAAGGUUUCCUCAACCAGGGGAUCACAUCUACUGUGAAAGAAAGGGAGGUUUCUAUGAUCACCAUGGAAUAUAUGUGGGGGACAACAUGGUGAUUCAUCUCCGGGGAGCAGCCAAGAAACUUGGGGAGCUACCUGGAUGCCAAAAAUGUGGAGACAAGCGAGUCGAAAAUGGUGAAAUAGCAAAAGUAUGCAUAGAUUGUUUCCUUGAUGGUGAAACACCCCAGAUCUAUGACUAUGGAGUUUCCUCGCUAGAAUUCGAGUGCAGAAAACGUGGUACUUGCUGCCCACGCCAUUCCAAGCCUCCCCAUGAAGUUAUUAGCACCGCAACUGAUUUACUUGAACAGAAUGGGUUUGGCCCCUACGACAUGUUUACUAACAACUGUGAGCACUUCGCUGUGUAUUGCAAAACAGGCUCUACCGCAAGUUUCCAGGUUGAACGAGUUAUUGCUACUUGUUCCGUUGGUAUACUUGCUGGCGCUGCUGUCGGCUUGUUUCGAAAUGCGUUAGCAAAACAUUAAGCUCCUGGUAACUUCUGCCUGCAAUUCAUUCACGGGGCUUCAAUUACAUCUUACUUAUAAGAAGAUCUCAUAUCCCAAUAAACUUAAAAGUCAAAGCCAACUAGUGCUGAUAUUCACCCAUAUGCAAAUAUGGAUUAUUUAUCAUCUUUAUUUUAUAAAUACUAAAAAAUUUAUGAGGGUAGAAAUUGCAUAUUUGGUAUAUAAGUUUGUGUUUGAAAACAAUAUAAAAUAAAUAAUAAAUUUUAUUAUAAGAA